UAUCGCUUAUCGACAGGAAUUAAAAGUAAAUACGGUAGCAGAUUAGGGUCAGUGCAAAGUAAGAUGGCGAGAUCGGUGCUGUGUGUCCUGCUACUGGCCGUGGCUUUUGUCCAUGGUAAACAUGAGAAAUAUGAAGGGCAUCAGUUGUACCGCGUGUCGGGACCGAGCCAUGAGAUCGGUGCGUUAGAGGCGCACCUCGACAUCAUCUCGGCGACGCCCGCCGCCCGUUCUACCACCGGCAAUCUGGAAGCUUUGGUCAGACUUGCACCGGAAGAGAAGCAGAAAUGGCUGCAGUACUUCAAUACCAAAGAAAUGACUUACACUAAAGUUAUUGAUAACCUGGCCGAUAUUCUUCGCAACGAAGAAGCUAUGAUCAAACAAAGGAAAUAUGCGGCAAAACGAAGUGGCAAAUCGAUCAGUUGGGACUCAUAUUACAACUCGGAAGAGAUCAACAACUACAUCGACCAAUUAGGUGAGGAGUUCCCUGACAAAGUGACGGUUAUAAACGCGGCUCUUAGCUACGAAGGUCGUCAGAUCAAAUACGUGAGGAUCUCGACAUCUCGCUUCGAGGACCUGAGGAAGCCAGUCAUCAUAAUCGACGCUGGUGUGCACGCUCGUGAAUGGGUCACAGCCCCAGUGGCUCUGUACAUCAUUCAUCAGCUUGUCGUCGAUGUUGUUGACAACAACUUGACGGAGAGAUUGGAUUGGGUGAUAAUACCAAUGGCGAAUCCUGACGGCUAUGAAUACUCUAUUACCACGGACCGUAUGUGGCGUAAAACUCGUUCCAAAGCGCACGAAGGCAGCGAUGAAUGUCCCGGAGUUGACGGCAACCGCAACUUCGACCAUUACUUCGGCACCAGCGCGGCCAGUGCUAAUCCUUGCUCCAUCAUCUACGAAGGACCUGCACCUUUCUCCGAACCUGAGAUCCGCGUCAUCAGAGACGUGGUCUUACAGAAUCUAGACCGCGCCGCCAUGUACAUUUCCGUACACAGUUUCGGAAACAUGUUCUUGUAUGCUUGGGGUAACAACGGAUCCCUGCCAUCGAACGCUCUAAGUCUCCACGUAGCUGGUGUGCGUAUGGCAACUGCUAUCGACGAGAUGGCACUCGAGAAAGCUGACAGAUACAUUGUCGGUAAUGCUGCUAACGUGCUGUACUACACCACUGGGACAUCUAGAGACUGGACUCGUGCUGUCGGCAUCCCACUUACUUACACUUUGGAGCUCCCAGGAUAUGAAUACGGGUUUCUCGUCCCACCGACAUACGUCGAGCAAAUUGUCACCGAAACAUGGGACGGAAUCAGCGCAGGCGCACACUACGUUCUAUCCUUACAGUCAUUAUAUUGA